GAAAGUGACAGAGACCUCGUCCUCUAAGAAAUAUCUUAUAAAACCUGAGGAAGUCUGUGCAUGGCGGUUUUCAUCCGAUGUUUUGUUGAAGUAAGAAGAAGUCGGAUUUUUAAGCCAUUUGUGGGAAGGUUGUGGGCAGCUGACCAUUGCUGUUUAGAGACUGAAAGAAGAAGAUCGUUCUCACAUUCAGCUGCAGCUGGGAUCAUCAUGGCUAAGAAGGUGUUAGUGGACGUAGACACUGGUGUGGACGAUGCUCAGUCCAUUAUGAUGGCUUUAGCCCAACCCACGGUACAGAUUCUGGGCAUCACCUGCGUUCACGGAAACACCACAGUGGAAAAUGUGUGUAAGAACACACUACGUGUCCUACAAACCUGCAAUAGAUUAGAGAUCCCAGUGUUUAAAGGCGCUGAGAAGCCGAUCCUUGGGAAAUGCAUUGAUGCAGGAGACUUUCAUGGUAAGGACGGGCUGGGAGAUGCUCCAGACCCGAAUGCUCCUGGUCUGGACCUGGUUCAGACGGAGGGCGCCGUAUCGGCUAUGAUCAGGAUAGUCAACGAAAACCCCGGAGAGGUAUCACUGGUCGCCACAGGUCCACUCACCAACCUGGCUCUGGCGGUCAGAAUGGACCCUUCGUUCCCAAGCAAACUCUGCGGACUCUACAUCAUGGGAGGCAACACAGAGUCACGAGGAAACACCACGGUGUGUGGUGAGUUCAAUUUUGCUGCAGAUCCAGAAGGCGCCUACAUUGUCCUGAAUGAAUACCUGUGUCCCACGUACUUGGCCUGCUGGGAGUUUACCUGUUAUAACAAGCUGUCCUGGGAAUUCUGUGAUGCCUGGCUGAGCCAAGACACGGAUAAAGCUCGCUUCAUGGCCCGCAUCUUCAACCACAGCCUCAAAGUUUCACAAACCGAGCGCUUCGAGAAGGAGUUUAUCGUCGGGCCAGGGUUUGUUUCAUGUGAUUCAUACGCAAUGGCAGCAGCAAUCAACGAUGCAUUCGUCUUAGAAAGCGACCAGCAUCCAGUUAGUGUAGAGCUGACAGGAACACACACCAGGGGCAUGAUGGUAGUGGAUACUGUGGGCUUCAUGAAGAAGACUCAUAAGGCCUUCAUCCUGAAGAAGGUGAACUUGGAGAUAUUAAAGGAGAUGCUGAUGGCCGCUCUGAAGUGAAGGCUCUUUUUAAUAAUGGAUACAUGGUGAAUAACACUUAGAGCUGAGGAUAUUGUAAGGUCGUCUCAUUGAAAAUCAAUGCAAUGUAAAAAAAAAAAAGGGUCUUGAAU